AUGUCUUUUCGAUUCAAUUUUUUUAUGGAUGAAAACGAAGCAGGCGACGCAGGAAGGAGCAAGCAAACCGCCUCGCAGGGCGAGAGCCAAGCUGAGACAGCCCGGAAGGAAAAAUUCUGCCGUAAAGCCGCCAAGGAGCACGAUAUCCCUGAAGAUCUCGAUAAAAUAUUGGCAAAUAAAGCCGUGGAAGCGGUGUCAGGCCUGCGUUACGUCAAGCUGUCUGUGGUGGAAAUGGAGGGAGAUGAUGAAGAAGGCAUCGUGUCCCAGAGUGUUUCUUCUCACUCCGAUCUCAUCCCUGGAGUCUACGAGGGAGGCCUGAAAAUCUGGGAAUGCACUUUUGAUCUCAUCGAUUACAUUUCCGAGGCUGAAAUAGAAUUGACCGACAAGGCUGUGUUGGAUCUCGGCUGCGGGGCUGGACUGCUGGGAAUAACCGCUUUAAAGGGUAAAGCUGGAAAAGUCCAUUUUCAAGACUACAACAGCACGGUGAUCGACAAAAUCACCUUGCCGAACGUGGCGGCUAACUGUGGGAAUGACGACAGAAAAACGAGCAAGCCUCCUUCAAAGAGGCUCAAGAAAGCGGAACCCUUACCCGAUAUGCUCACCAAAUGCAGAUUUUUUUCUGGAGAGUGGUCUGAAGUCCUCCAGCUCCUGUUAAGCAGCAGCAAACCCUUUCCAAAGUACGACAUAAUUCUCAGCUCUGAGACCACCUAUAAUCCUGACUACUACAGUGCUUUGCACGAUACACUGGCUCAGCUCUUGGAGAAACACGGUCGUGUGUAUUUGGCGAGCAAGGCCCAUUAUUUUGGGGUUGGCGGAGGUAUCUACCUCUUUGAGAAAUUCGCUGAAGAGAGAAACGUGUUUAGGACCAGCAUAGUUAAAGUAAUUGAUAAAGGACUACAGCGAUGUAUUAUGGAAAUGGCCUUUAAACAUUCCAGUUAA